AUGUCUGUGGGCGGAGAGGAUGGAGGCAGGAGAGAGGAAGAGACUGAUGGAGGACCAGAGAAGAACGUGAAUCUGGGUCACCAGCAUGAUUUGGAAGGGCAUCCUGGAGGAGAAUCCAGCCCAGUGCUGGGAAUCCCUGGAGAGGAGCCUGGAGGCGGGCUGGUGGAGAUAGUCGAAUUCCAGGAAGAAUUCAACUUCCCUGAUGGUUGCUGGACUUUUCCAAGGUGGGGAAGGCGUGGGUGCAUCUUGUUCAUGACCAUUGGACUGAUGGCUGGGAUAGGCGUUGGGAUCUGGCUUCUAGUCCUGCUUUUCAGGACAAAUGCCUUGUUGAGGACCCUGAAGCAAAAGAACACCAUGAGUUGUACAGAGAAACCCUUCACCCCAACAGAAUCCAAGUCAGUAUCUUUCAGAAUAGACACCAGAAACUUACUGGAAGUGCAGGUGAGGGCGUGGCCAGGCUGGCUCCUGGUAUGCCAUGAGGGCUGGAGUCCUGCCCUAGGGACCCGGAUUUGUGGACACCUUGGACAUCUCAGUCUCAGUGACCACAAAGGAGUGAACCUGACUGAUAUUAAGGUCAACAGUUCUCAGGAGUUUGUUCAGCUUCUUCCCAGAUCGGGGGGUCAACUGGAGGAGAUGUGGCAGCGCAGGAAUAGCUGUGCCUUGGGCCAGGUUGUCUCCCUCAAAUGCUCAGAGUGUGGGGUCCAGCGCCUGACUUCCCGGAUUAUCGGUGGGACCUCUGCUGUCCUCGGGCGCUGGCCCUGGCAGGUCAGCAUGUUCCAGGGUCCCCAGUACUCAUGUGGAGGCUCUCUGCUGGCUCCGAGUUGGGUGGUGACUGCAGCUCACUGUGUCUACAGGUGUAUCUGA